AUGGCCCCCAGAGAUAUUCUUCGCAAGGAUUAUAAAGAUUGGCAAGAUGAUAGCAAAGGGCUGUCUGCUGCAGCCAAUGAGAAUAUAAAGCUGGGAAUAAGCUCGACAGUUCAGUCGUUUGCUUGGCUUUAUUCAGAACAUCCAGAUUUCAAUACAGAUAUUGCGAACUGGGCAGAAAAUGAGAAUCUUUCCAUUUGUGCUGUAAUGGCUACUUCGACGGACUCGCAGAACAACUUUCAGAGGGAACUAGCGGUUUACGCGACCGAGGAUGCUAAAGACCUCCUCGACACCUUACUUCAAAAGGCGUCGGGUCCUCUACAGCUCGAACCUAAAGUCAUUCCUAAUGCCACUGAUGAUCGAGUGCUUAUAUUCCAGCAGAAAAAUGUGGCUGCCUCGCGUAAGCAAGUAGCUCCUAUUUUCAGAAAUGCACUCUACGGCACUUCACUGCCUGCUCUGUAG